GAAGACGGUUUCUGAAAUUCCUCCUUUUCACAGGCCGAAGUGCAUUUAUUGGCAUUGGCUUCACAGAUCGGGGGGACGCCUUCGACUUCAACGUUUCGCUGCAAGAUCACUUCAAGUGGGUAAAGCAGGAAACUGAGAUUUCCAAAGAAUCUCAGGAGAUGGAUAAUCGUCCCAAGUUGGAUUUAGGCUUCAAGGAAGGACAGACCAUCAAGUUGAGUAUUGGGAACAUUACAACCAAGAAAGGAGGUACUUCUAAGCCCCGGGCCACAGGGACUGGAGGCCUGAGCUUACUCCCACCUCCACCUGGAGGCAAAAUCACUAUUCCCCCACCAUCCUCAGUUGCCAUCAGCAACCACGUCACCCCACCACCUAUUCCAAAAUCUAACCAUGGAGGUAGUGAUGCAGGUAAAUCUGAUAUAACUUUGAAAGUAAGUUAUUGAGUAAGGCAGUAAUCCAAUUAUCCUUUUUUUUUUUUUUUUUUUUUUUUUGUUUUUGGUUUCUCAAGACAGGAUCUCUGUGUAAGUCCUGAUGUCCUAGAGCUCACUCUGUAGAUCAAGCUAUCCUCACACUCAGAGAUCUGCCUGCCCCUUCCUCCUAAGUGCUGGGAUCAACUUAGUCAUCAAAGCUUAAAAACUUGUGAUCAUAAAGCUGAAGAUUAGUUUUUUAAUGAAACUUUUUGAGAAUUAGAGAUUCAUACACAGUUAUAAGAACUAAUGAAAGGAA